AUGAAAAAAAUGCCUUUGUUUAGUAAAUCACAUAAAAAUCCAGCAGAAAUUGUGAAAAUUCUGAAAGACAAUUUAACCAUUUUGGAAAAACAAGACAAAAAGACAGACAAGGCUUCGGAAGAAGUAUCCAAAUCACUGCAAGCAAUGAAAGAAAUUCUGUGUGGUACAAAUGACAAGGAACCCCCAACAGAGGCUGUGGCUCAGUUAGCACAAGAACUCUACAAUAGUGGGCUGCUGGUGACACUGGUAGCUGACCUACAGCUGAUAGACUUUGAGGGCAAAAAGGAUGUGACCCAGAUAUUUAACAACAUCUUGAGAAGACAAAUAGGCACUCGAUAUCCUACUGUGGAGUACAUUAGUGCUCAUCCUCAUAUCCUGUUUAUGCUCCUCAAAGGAUAUGAAGCCCCACAGAUUGCCUUACGUUGUGGAAUUAUGCUGAGAGAAUGUAUUCGACAUGAACCACUUGCCAAAAUCAUCCUCUUUUCUGAUCAAUUCAGAGAUUUCUUUAAGUAUGUGGAGUUGUCAACAUUUGAUAUUGCAUCAGAUGCCUUUGCUUCUUUUAAGGAUUUACUAACCAGACAUAAAGUGUUGGUAGCAGACUUCUUAGAAAAAAAUUAUGACACUAUUUUUGAAGACUAUGAGAAAUUGCUUCAGUCUGAGAAUUAUGUGACUAAGAGACAGUCUUUAAAGCUGCUGGGGGAACUGAUCCUGGAUAGACACAACUUUGCCAUUAUGACAAAGUACAUCAGCAAGCCAGAGAACCUCAAACUGAUGAUGAACCUCCUUCGAGAUAAAAGUCCCAAUAUUCAAUUUGAAGCCUUUCACGUCUUUAAGGUAUUUGUGGCCAGUCCUCACAAAACACAGCCUAUUGUGGAGAUUCUGUUAAAAAAUCAACCCAAGCUCAUUGAGUUUCUGAGCAGCUUCCAAAAAGAAAGGACGGACGAUGAGCAGUUCACUGACGAGAAGAACUACUUGAUUAAACAGAUUCGCGACUUGAAGAAAACGGCCCCUUGA